AUGGAUAAACAUAUCGUUUCUGUCUCAGACUCUGAGAAAAAUAUCGAAGCUGGCCAGGUUCUAGCAACCAUUGACGAGGCUGCCGAAAAGUCUUAUGUUCGCAAACUCGAUUUCUAUCUCCUUCCAUUUCUGUCUCUGAUGUACUUCUUUAAUUCGGUCGACAGAAGCAAUUUGGGUAAUGCGAAGACGGACAAAUUGGACGAGGAUCUCAACUUCAGAGGCAAUGAAUGGUCGUUGCUAAUCUUGCUGUUCUAUGUUCCCUUUGGUCUCUGCGACUUGCCCUUGAAUCUCCUUACCAAACGCUUCUCGGGAAAGAUCAUGCUCCCAACACUCAUGUUCGGCUGGGGAUCAAUGUCACUUCUCCAGUGCGCUGCCAAAAAUUUUGCAGGCAUGCUAGCCAUCAGGCUGAUUCUUGCCAUCUUCGAGGCAGGUUUCUUCGCUGGUGUAGUGUUCUACAUGACACUCUUCUACACCCGGGGUGAGCUCGGCUUCCGUAUUGCCAUCUUCUUUGGUAGUGCACUUCUAGCGGCUGCUUUUAGUGGUCUCAUUUCGUACGGUGUAUUCCAGAUCGAGCACGUCCAUGUCAAGGGCUGGAUGUGGCUGUUCAUCAUUGAAGGCGGAAUGACGGUGAUCACGGCCUCUAUCGCUUUCUUCUGGCUUCCCAGUCGUCCGGACCAAGCCUGGUUUCUUAACGAUGCUGAAAAGGCUGCUGCCACGGCUCGACAUCUCCGGGAUGCAUCUAAGAAAGUCAACACCGAAUUCAAUCUCCAGGCUUGCUUCUCGACGUGGAGCGAUUGGAAGUUCGCUCUUUGGCUUGUCAUCGCUUUCACAUACCCCGUUGCAUUUGCGACGACCUCAAAUUUCUUGCCUCAGAUUGUCCAACGUCUCGGGUACUCCGUCGUCAAGACCAACUUAUGGACCGUCGCACCCAACAGCGUUGGUUUUGUGAUCUUACUUUGCGUAACCAAGUCUUCGGAUUACUUCCGCGAGCGUACUUUCCAUAUCGUCUUCGCUCUGUCCCUGUCCCUGGUCGGCAUGAUCAUCUUGGCCGCCAUUGACGUCCUGUCCAACAAGGGUGUGGCGUACUUCGCAUGCUUUCUCAUGGCAGGCGGCUCGUAUAUACCUAGCUGUCUCGUUCAUUCAUGGCACAACAACAACAAUCUGGAGGAGAACUCUCGUGCAGCGACGACGGGUCUGCUGGUCGGCUUGGGAAACUUGGGAGGAAUUAUCUCGGCGGCGACAUUCAGAGUCGAGUAUGCGCCUGGAUACAUCCCUACGUUGAUUGCCACAAGCGCCUGCAAUGUUACAUGCAUUGUCUUUACACUUUGCCUGGGCCUGUAUAUGAAACGGGAGAACGCCAGACGUAACAGGGAGCAAGGUGUCGCCAUCAAAGCGGAGGAUGUCGAUACCGACUCUCUUCAGGAUGGAGAGAAAUCUCCUCACUGGAGGUAUUUCACAUGA